AUGUCUGGAGGCUCUUUCCCUGGGAGCUCCAAGGACAAAGUCAAUGGCGCGGGCAAGGCCUUGAACACACACGACCUCGACGGUCACGAUCUGCCACCCUCGCCCGCACCGAGCACACCGCGCAAUGGCGGCAGGAAGUAUGCUCUUGCGACCGAGCUGGUCUACACCGAGAGCAGCGAUCAGUACAAUGCUGCUUCGGUUCCCAUAUACCAGUCUGCAACCUUCAAGCAGACGUCGGCAACCGGUGGCGGGAUGGAGUACGACUACACACGCUCUGGAAACCCCACACGGACACACCUCGAGCGACACCUCGCUAAGAUCAUGAACGCGGAACGCGCGCUUGUUGUCUCGUCGGGCAUGGGCGCACUCGACGUGAUCACACGACUGCUGCGGCCGGGCGACGAAGUCGUUACUGGAGACGAUCUCUACGGCGGAACAAAUAGGCUACUCAAGUACCUCUCCACGCACGGAGGCAUUGUUGUACACCACGUUGACACCACCGACCCGGAGACGCUUCGUGGUGUCGUAAAUAACAAGACGGCCAUGGUGCUGUUGGAAACACCCACCAACCCGCUCAUUAAGAUCGUCGACAUCCCUUCGAUAGCAUCCAUCGCGCACGCCGCAAACCCCGCCGCUGUCGUCGCCGUCGACAAUACCAUGCUCUCUCCCCUCCUCCAGAACCCCCUCGACCUCGGUGCCGACAUCGUCUACGAGUCCGGUACAAAGUACCUCUCUGGCCACCACGACCUCAUGGCUGGUGUCAUCGCCAUCAACGACUCCGCCCUGGGCGAAAAACUCUACUUCACCAUCAACGCCUCGGGCUGCGGUCUCUCGCCCUUCGACUCGUGGCUCCUCCUCCGCGGCAUCAAGACCCUUGGCGUCCGCAUGGAGAAACAGCAAACCAACGCCAUGCGCAUCGCUACCUUCCUCGAGUCACAUGGUUUCAAGGUCCGCUACCCGGGUCUGAAGUCUCACCCGCAGUACGACCUCCAUUGGAGCAUGGCUCGUGGCGCCGGCGCUGUCCUGUCUUUCGAGACUGGUGAUGUCAACGUAUCCGAGAGGAUCGUCGAGAGCGCCCGGCUCUGGGCUAUCAGUGUAAGCUUCGGCUGCGUAAACAGCUUGAUCAGCAUGCCCUGCCGCAUGAGCCACGCUAGUAUUGAUGCGAAGACGCGCGCGGAGAGGGCGCUGCCUGAGGAUAUCAUCCGCUUGUGUGUAGGUAUUGAGGACCCGGAGGAUCUGAUUGAUGAUCUUAGCCGUGCUCUCGUACAAGCUGGCGCCGUCAACAUCACGCCCGAGGGCUUCCAAGCUCUCAAGAUCAACGACUCUGCCGAGGCGAGCUCGUGA